AUGGAGGAGGAGCAUCCGGGGGCUGGAGGAGGAAAUGAAUCUUCCUCCUCAACCACCUCGCUAAGCUCGACUGUGCUGAAGUAUGAAUACCGGCAUGGACGGCGGUAUCACGCCUAUCAAUCGGGCAGCUACCCAUUCCCCAACGAUCAGCCCGAACAGGACCGGCUGGACAUGAUCCACCAUGUCUUUUACCGACUGCUGAGCCAACGUCUGUACCUGGCGCCCAUCGACCCCAGUGGACUACGCAUGCUCGACAUCGGCACGGGCACGGGCGUGUGGGCGAUCCAGAUGGGCGACGAGAACCCGGCCAUCGCCGAGAUCGUGGGCAAUGACCUCAGCCCCAUUCAGCCCGCCUGGGUGCCGCCCAACGUGCAUUUUGUCGUCGACGACGUCGAGAAGGAGUGGGUGGGAAACAAGCCUUACGACUACAUCCACUGUCGCUACAUGGCCGGGUCCAUCCGCGACUGGCCCCGGCUGAUCCAGCAGUGCUAUGAUAAUCUGGUGCCUGGGGGUUGGCUGGAGCUGCAGGAAUCGGCCAACACGCUGUGUUCCGCGGAUGGGAGUUUAAAAUCCGAUAGCUGGAUGGUGAAGAUGAUGGAGGGGCUCAUCGAGGCCGGGGACAAGAUCGGGCAGACCCUGGACCCGGCUCCCUCCUUUGAGGGUUGGGUCCGCGAGGCGGGCUUCACCAACGUACAGAAGCACGAAUUCAAACUGCCUAUUGGACCGUGGCCCAAGGAUGCGCGGCUGAAGGAAUGUGGGAGCUUUAUGCGGGUCAAUUUCAUCGAGGGGGUCGAGGGGUUCACCGCGCAGCUCUUCAUCGAUAUGCUGGGCUGGACACAGGAAGAUGUCGAUGCUCUGAACGCUGGGGUCCGGGCUGAGGCCUUAAAGGGAGCGGUCCACCCCAUCUUCGAUUUCCUGGUGGUGACCGCACAAAAGCCCUUAACUGCUUGA